UCCGUGCAGUGUAUAAAAAGUUAUUGGAUUGAAUAUUAGUAAUAAAUUAAUAGCGAAACGGUAAGUGGCAUUGGCAUAGUUGUAUUUUGUUUAAUAGCGUGUGUGUGUGUGUGUGAGUGUGUGAGAGAAGAAGGAAAAUGGGAGGAAGAAUGCACAGGAAAUCGGACUCGGAGGUGACGAGCAACAGCAUGGAGCAGUCGUCGUCGCCGCCGCGUUCUCCGCCGCCGCGGCCACUGUACUACGUGCAGAGCCCUUCGAACCACGACGUGGAGAAAAUGUCGUACGGUUCAAGCCCCAUGGGUUCCCCGCACCACCACUUCCACUACUACACCUCUUCCCCCAUCCACCACUCUCGCGAGUCCUCCACCUCCCUCAAGAACCCUCGCCACUUCUCCUCCUCCUGGAAGAAGCUCCACCCCCACCCCCACCACGACGCGGCCGCCGCUGCCGACGAGGACGAGGAGGACGACCUCCUCCAGCAGUCCUCCCGCAACCUCCGCCUGUACUUGUGCUUCUUUCUGCUCUUCGUGAUGCUCUUCACGCUCUUCUCCGUCAUCCUCUGGGGCGCCAGCAAGGGCUACAAGCCACGUGUCACUGUGAAGAGCAUUGUGUUGGAGAAUUUGAAUGUACAGUCAGGGAACGAUGGAAGUGGGGUUCCAACGGACAUGUUGUCAUUGAACUCAACGGUCAGAAUUGUGUACAGGAAUCCUGCAACUUUCUUCGGCGUUCACGUCACUUGUACCCCUCUUCUUCUCUCCUAUUACCAGCUUGCACUAGCUUCUGCUCAGGUGCACAAGUUUUAUCAGUCGAGGAAAAGUCAGAGGAAGUUGGCGGUAGUGGUGUUAGGACACCAGGUUCCGCUCUAUGGUGGGGUGUCUGUUCUGGGGAACACGAAAGAGCACUUGAACAAUGUUGCAUUGCCACUCAACCUGACGUUUGUAGUGAGAUCGAGGGCUUUCAUCUUGGGAAGAUUGGUUAAGUCUAAAUUCUAUCGAAGAAUCAGAUGUUCUGUCACUUUGCAUGGCAACAAACUUGGAAAACAUCUUAAUUUGACAGAUUCAUGUGUCUACAAAUGAUGUAUAUCAUAAAUGGUUCGGACAAACUUUGGGUUUUCACGCAUGAAAAUACAGAUGGUACAUUUUUGGCUCCUUAUUUUUAUAUUUUUGUUGCCCGUCGUCUAGCAUAACAAACUUUUCCAUUGGAUUCUCUUUGGUACUAGGGCCUCAUUGCAAGGUCUCCGUAAAUACCUGAACCCAAACUUACUUUAAUGUAAUGUAAACUCUCUUUAUCUUUAGCUCCUAUGUCCCUAUAUUUCCAAUUUCAUCCA